CCAGGGGAUCAGCGAGUUUCUUGUAGCACUCCUCAAAGACCUACCAGUUACCCUGCAGAUCCCAGUUUUCCUCGUUGUCAUGUUGUGUGUUUUGGUAUUAAUGUAUGGAAGUGUACAGGCAGCUUUCCAGCACGGCAUCGCUGCACCUUUCCGCCAUCCUCGAAGGGAUCCGCCUCCUCUACAGCUGGAGCAACCGCAGGGUCAGCUCCAGGGGAUCGAGGACUUUGACCGCUUAGCAGGAGGGGACGCACCACAACAUGCCCCGAGGCACCGAGCAGAUGAUGGCAGAUUAGACAGGAACCAGGUUCAUCAGAGGCGACACAACAGACCCAGAGAAGAGCGAGCCAAGGUGGUUGUGGUGACAGUACGCACUGCCGAGUCUCCUUACAGUGAGGAUGAGAUGGACGCUGGGCGGCGUGAGGCGGAGCCGAAUCUCUCUGCUGAGUCCGAUUCAGGAAACCAAGAGGAGCUGGCUGGAGCGAGUGCUAGCAGUGUUGAAGCUAACACAGCCCAGUCAAAAACUAAACCUACUGACUCCUAUUCAUCUCCAUCAAAGACUAAACCUGAGGAAGCGAAUGAAAACCUUUCUAAAGAUGAACUCAACAGAGACAGUGCAGCAUCUAGAUCUCAGCCAGCAGCAAGGCGGCCUUCACAAACUGAUGUACAGGACCAGCAAUCCUCAGCAGAAAACAGGACUUCCGCUGACUCACUGAUACAAGUUGAAACUGUGGGAGUUCCUGUACAGGAGUCCUCUCCAAUAUCAGCCGAGUAGACCGCUUCUACGUCAGUCAGAAGAGGAAGAAUAACCAUCAGUGUUUGGUGCUUUUUGCUGGACUGUGGAGAGUAGAUAUCGUUGACUAACUGAUUUACAGACAUUGUUUUAAUGUGGGCGUACAGUAUGUUGAAGUUUACCCAAGGAGGAACCACCAGAGUGUUGCCAACUGACUUUGUCUGCUGUGCGGUCAACUGAAUGUGCCUUAACCUGAGCAGAGAGUCACCAAUACUGUUUGGUGAAUCUACUAAAUGUUUCAUGAUUUCAGCUUUUCCAGGGAAAAAGGAAACUGAUAUACAGAUAAAAGCAUUAUUUACUUGAUCUGGUGUUUUGGUGUCUUACUCGUGGACAGGAGUCAUGGUGUUAAAAUCUAGGUUUGAAUUGUUGUUUCAUUGUAACCUAAUUAUAUUGAAAUUCUUUCUGAAUGUAAAAAAAUAGAUUUUGGAUUUUGUAAUUUACUAGGAAUGAUAACGAUUUCUUUAUGCUGUUUUUUACUUUUAUUUUUACAAUGAGCUAUUAAAAUUAAACAUCCAUCCUGCCAAUCA